AUGGAUGGUCUGGAGGCUCAGCCCAAGAACCUAGAGUCGUUGGUUAACAUCCCGUUUCCUAGCACGCUGCGAGCUAUGCAAUCUUUUCUCGGGAGCUUGAACUACUACCGCCGUUUCAUUCAGGACUUCGCGGUGUACGCCGCGGUGUUGUAUGAGUUAAGAGAAUUGGAUUUCUUCGAGAUCGGCCGAUCUCAGCUCGCAGCAGGAGACGAAUGGUCGAACGAGGGUCGAUGGACAGAAGCCAUGGUUGCUUUCACUAUGCUAAAGGCUAAGAUAGCUACAGCUCCCAUGCUCAAACAUUUCGACCCAGAUCGCCCUCCCGUGAUCGUGGUCUACGCUAGCAAGUAG